CCCCGCCGCCGGCGCAGCGAAAUCACACACAACCUACUCAGACGUCAGUCCUCACGACGCCGCCACCCCCAAAUCAACCCCACGCGCCGCCGCCGCCGCUCGCCAUGGGAUCCUCCGCCAGCCAAGCCGCGGCCCCUCCUCCUCCGGCCUACGGGGCCCCGCCCCCCUUCGCGGCCGCCGACGCCGCUGCCGCCGCCCCGCCGCCGAAGCCCCAUGAGGAGGAGGCGGCCGAGGAGAAGGUGGACUACCUCAACCUCCCGUGCCCGGUCCCCUACGAGGAGAUCCAGCGCGAGGCCUUCAUGGCGCUGAAGGCGGACACCUUCGAGGGCAUGCGCUUCGAUUUCACCAAGAUGAUCAGCCCGCAUUUCGCAUUGAGCCACAGUGUAAACAUGGGAUCCGUCGAGGUCCCGGCACAGGGGAACGAUGUGAUCAAGAUCCCCACCUCCAACUAUGAGUUUGGUGCCAACUUUAUCAAUGAGAAGAUGAUGCUCAUGGGGAGGGUCUCGCAUGAAGGGAGGGAGAACAUCCGCGUCAAAUUUGAUCUAACAGAAAACCUCUCUGUAAAGAUAAACGCUCAGUUGACAAGUGAGCCCCAUUACUCCCAGGGCAUGUUUAAUUUCGACUAUAAGGGCAAAGAUUUUAGGACUCAGAUUCAACUUGGGAACAAUGCCUUCUAUGGAGCAAACUACAUUCAAAGUGUCACAAAGAACCUUUCCUUGGGAACUGAAGCCUUUUGGCUUGGUCAACAGAGGAAAUCUGGAGUCGGUGUUGUUGCUCGCUAUGACACAAAGAAAUGGGUUGCAACUGGUCAAAUUGCAACCACUGGAAUGGUUGCACUUAGUUAUGUCCAGAAAGUAUCUGAAAAGGUUUCCCUUGCAUCCGAUUUCAUGUACAAUCAAAUGACAAAGGAUGUAACGGCAAGCUUUGGUUAUGAUUAUAUACUUAGACAGUGUCGAUUGAGGGGGAAGCUGGAUACCAAUGGUGUGAUUUCUGCUCUUUUGGAGGAGCGAUUGACUCCAGGCGUUACUUUUCAAUUGUCUGCUGAGAUUGACCAUUGGAAGAAAGAUUACAAGUUUGGGUUUGGUAUGGCUGUUGGAGAGUAAGAUAGACUGCGUAAGAGGACUUAGCAGUUCCUCGGGACACAUGUACAAUCAUAGUGGUUGGCAUUCGUCGACAGGGAUUAAGACGAUUCUAGUUUUGUUGCAUUUAUUUGUCUCCAGCUCUUCGUUUAGCGGUUAUGGCCCUAGGCCAUAGAGCGGCACGUUUUGAAGUUUUGAUUGCACUGGGCUCAUUACUUGAGUUGAGUAGAAUAUGUAGCUAUGCACCUGCGUUAAACUGGAACAGGGAAAGCCUGAAUAUAUUUCACUCCUACCUGUUACACCGCCUUUUUGGCGCUAGGAUUCUCACUGUGUGUGCACGCAUGAUGCAUGCGAUGAAGGAUUUCCUCGAUGUUGAAUGAUUAAAUCCUAGACAUAAUGGUUUUGAA